AAGCUCGACUCGCUGUAGCCAUGUCACACAGUCACUCGCAUGACGGCGCUCCCCAUUCGCAUUCGAACGCCGCCGCAGAUCACGGCCACACCCAUGAGAUCCUCGAUGGGCCUGGGAGCUACGUGGGCCGCGAAAUGCCCAUUAUAGAAGGCAGAGAUUGGGAAGAUCGGUCCUUCACUAUUGGGAUUGGAGGGCCUGUAGGAUCAGGGAAAACAGCGCUCAUGCUGGCUCUCUGCAAGCAUUUGCGAACACGCUUCUCCAUAGCUGCCGUUACAAACGAUAUCUUCACACGGGAAGACUGUGAGUUCCUGACCAAGAACAAUGCUCUACCCGCCGAGCGUAUCGUCGCUGUCGAGACGGGAGGCUGCCCUCACGCCGCCGUCCGCGAAGACAUCUCCGUCAAUCUCAUGACGCUCACGAACCUCCACCACAAGUUCAACACCGAUCUCCUCCUCAUCGAGUCUGGCGGCGACAAUCUCGCAGCGAACUACUCGCGUGAACUUGCCGACUUCAUCAUCUACGUCAUCGAUGUCGCGGGCGGUGACAAGAUUCCUAGGAAGGGCGGGCCUGGUAUCACACAGUCAGACCUGUUGGUCGUAAACAAAAUUGAUUUGGCCGAGGCAGUAGGUGCUGAUCUAAGUGUUAUGGAAAGAGAUAGCAGAAGAAUGCGCGAAGGUGGUCCGACCAUAUUCGCAGUGGUCAAGAGAGACCAGGGUGUUGAUGCGAUUGUGGAUUUAAUUCUGUCUGCAUGGAAGGCUUCGGGUGCUGGCCAGGCGCGCAAGGAGAAGUUUGAACCCACAUUGAUGGAGUAAAGUGUCGAGACAGUAAGUUUUGAUCUACGGGCGUAUGACUAUCACAUGGACUGUACUAUUUUAUACAAGAAAUGUGCCUCGUUUAGUCAGACAGUACAGAAACUCCACAAUUGGUUAUCCAAGUAAAAUCAGCACCAGGAAGAGACAUGUGAUUCUUUCC